AUGAGCUCGACUAACUUCGCCGCUGCCCAACAGCGGGUUCUUGAACGUCGUCGCCUGCGCGAGGCUGAAUCCCGCGCCCGCCAUACCGCUCAGCAGCGGGCUUCUCCGAUCAGCCCGGCCAUUGUCCAGCGCCUACCGUAUCCGUUGAAUCGAUUACCCACUUCAGGAUGGCGCAUAUGGAACUCUGUUAAUGGCCGGGAUGGAACAAAGCCUGCUUUUCGUGUUGGUCAGGUGGACGCUGAAUUGUUGGAUGAGGAGCUGCUGGGUCUGAUGAAGGGCCAGGUUGGAGAUGCUCUCAAAUACUUCGGGCCUCAAAUGCGCGAAGACUGGUCCCACGAGAUUCAGUUUGCGCUGCGGGCUAUUCUCUUCAAAUUAUCGAUUUGGGAUCAUAAUGCAUCAUAUGGCGCUGCGCUACAAGGUCUCCAAUACACCGAUAGCCGAAGCAAAGGGCCUGUCUAUUCCACCCCUACUAAAUGGCAAAAGAGCGUGUAUGGUUUAUUGACGGUGGGCGGACGCUACGCUUGGGAUAAGUGGGAGAGCUGGUUGAUUGGGCAAGAAGGUGGCUAUCAGGAGCCAUCGCAAGAUAUCCGCAUGUUAUCACGACUCACCGACUUUGUCUCGACCUCACACUCCAUUGCCGCCUUCAUUUCCUUCCUCGUGUUCCUAGUGAACGGCCGGUACCGUACCUUAGUCGACCGCCUCCUCCGCAUACGCCUCACUCCUCCGUCAGCCCAAGCCAGCCGAGAAGUCUCCUUCGAAUAUCUGAACCGUCAAUUGGUCUGGCACGCUUUCACCGAAUUCCUUCUUUUCCUCCUUCCCCUGGUCGGAAUAGGCCGCUGGCGGCGCUGGAUCUCCCGCGCAUGGCGGAAGAUGGUCAAUUCCGUGCGAUCCAGCGGGGAUGAUGACGAGCCUUCCGAGAAGCAAGGGGAGCUGGCUUUCCUCCCGGAACGCACAUGUGCCAUCUGCUACCGGGAUCAGAACCCCACAUCUACGACAGAGACCGAUGUGCUAGCGGCUUCUGCUUCGGGUGGCAUCUCAGGCUCGGCGCAAACUGAUAUCACAAACCCUUACGAAACUGUUCCUUGUGGCUGUAUAUAUUGCUUCGUCUGUAUUGUGCAGAAGGUGGAAGGAGAGGAAGGCCAAGGGUGGACUUGUCUGAGAUGUGGUGAGAAUGUCAAGAAAUGCCAGCCCUGGAAUGGAGAUGUCCUCGAAGAGGCACGGUCUCAGCCCGGUACUGGCAAGAUCGUCGGCUUUGCCAUGGAUGGGGAGCCCGGCGAUGAAACCCGGGACGCAGAUCGUGACGAGGAAGAUUUCGACAAGUCUAGUCCAUUGCAAGAAAUCAGUGCCGACGAGUCUUUACAGCAUUCAGAGCAAUGGUCCACCGUUGAGAAAGAUGCCGACGAGGACACCGAGCAUCCACCCGCGGCCCAAUAA